AUGGGUUGGGGCCAGGGCGUCGACGAGCAAGAAAAGAUCAUAAACGGAGAGAUGCCGCGCAAAUAUGCGAAGAAGGACGCCCGGCCAACGCUCGGGCACCCACUCCAAAUUCCGAGCUACGUCUCACUGGGAGGUAAUUUGGGUGAAGGGGAGGGCGUGGACAGGGAGCACCUCGGGCUGGAGGCGGUCGCUCCCGAUAUGCAGGUGACGUCCGCCCUGAAGAAAGGCGUCGGCCUGAAGACGCUCAGGGGGAUCUACUGGCCUGAGGACCUGUUCGUCUCCUGGUUCAAGCGGAAGCCCCAGAAGUGCGAGAUCCAGACAGUGGACCUUGGCGACGGCCUUAAGCUCACCGGGCCAGUUCUUCCAAAAUCGAUGGGGCACCCAGAGGGCACCACGAAGAUCUACGACUACGGUAUGGCCGAGGCCACCCGGAACACAGUGCUUGCCGACAGCAAUACAGCGUUGGACGGCCAAGAAGUUGAUCGGCAUUGGAAGGCUGCGUCUGCAGCGCACAAGCUCACUUCAGCGGAGGCCGAAGAGGAGGUUGACGGGGUUGUCAGCAAGUUCAUGAAGCUCGCAGGGGGGCAGAAGAAAAUGGGCCCCAAGGAUGAAUUUGACGACCUGUUCGACUUCGGCGGAGUUGAGGGCGAGGCUAAGAAGGAUGCCAAGGCACCCAAGUCUGUGACGACCAGCGAGAAGAUCGUAUUGGAGGCUAACCAGCUCAUGCGGGAUCUCGCCGAUUUGGAGAAAUUUACCCCUGCGCAAGGCAAGAACAUCAAAGGCAUGCUGGAAAAGAUCAAUGGGCGCCUCACCGUUCCCUUGAUUAAAGAGUACACCUCAGGAUCAACGGUGGGUCAAACUGAGGAUACAUUGGGCUUCAAAGUCUAUGAGGAGCUGAGGGAUAUGCAGGACAUCUUCUCCCUAACGGACUCUCUGGCCACGUGCUUGAGCGAUAAGGACGUCGACCCGAAGACGGCGUACGCGAAGUGUAUGAAGCUAUUGCCGCAUUCGUCUGGUAAGGUAACGCUUUCCCCCAAGAUGCUGGAGACGAUCCUGCAGAAGGAGGUCGACCUUGGUGCCAGCAAAAAGGAUCCUGCCCGGGUGCUGGCCACCAUUGAUCAGCAGACAGAGCGGACCGAGGGGGUCGUGAACCUGGCCAUACUUCCCACUACUUCGCAGCGGGCUUUCCAGACCCAUGCCGUGGCCAAGCUCUAUUGGGACUUGCUGGACGAUGACAAAGAUACGGGCCCUGACACGCUGAGAGCAUUCGACGAGGCGGUCAAGGAGGCAAUAGAGUACUUCCGCAAAACGAAAUCGGCCAAGCUGUACAGAGGCGUCAUCUACUUCAACACUGGCAUCAAAGUGAUGAACGCUGCCGCCAACGCUACGGCCCAGAGGAAGGAAGACGAUACCUAUGAGCUGAUGAUCGCCAAGAUCGGCACGGACGCGACAGAGCUGCCCGCCCUCGAUCAGAUGCAGACCUUAGAGGACGCGGCCAAGCAUCUUAUCAAAUUUGAGGCCGUCUAUGGCCGGCUGGCGGCCACGAAAGACUGCAGCCAGAAGUUCAAGAGCAAGCACGAGGCCAUCUUUCAGCAGGUCUUGGGCACGCUGGGGGCUUACACCAAGCAUGUGACCGACAAGAUUUUCGCAAGCAACCAGGCGGCUUUCUCCUCAGCGGCCAGGUGGAUGAUCGCGAACGUCAAGCUUGCAGGUGCACAGGCUCACGAUACCUUUAUCGACCAAGAUUCAGUGCGAUCCGAGGGGAAACAGGUAAUCUCGUCGGCAGUCGCCUCCUUACAGGCGCCUGACAAGCCUGUGGGUCUCUUGUCCGAUGUCCCCGAGAAGCACAUGGAGACAGAAAUGUCUUGUUACACUGAAGUCAAGGAUAGGGCCCGGGCGGAGUCUGGCGCAUUCCCCAGUCAGGAUCUGCUCGAACUGGUCAGUUCAAAGCUCGACCUCUUGAUGGCGGCCGAUGGGAAGGUCCGUCUGGACGACAGCGAGUAUAUGAAGCUUUUCGAGCUUGUGAAGGAGCCAGGCGAUUCGCUCUACAAGUACACGGAUUUUAGAGAAUGGGCCAAACACAUUGAUACUGUGUUCCUGUCCCAGUUCCAACAGACGGCCAAGACUGAGAUCGUCAUGAGUACCCCCGUGUUGUGGGAAAGCGUGGUGAACUUCGGCUUGGGCGCCCCGGGCAAGGACCGCGAGGAUAGCAUCGUGACGUACAUGACUAGGCCAGAGGCUUUAGCACAAGGCCAUGAAAGGAACUUGGAUGAGACACCUGGCAAGGACUACAAGGACCCGCCAAAUCUCCAUGCGAUGGCUGACACUGGGGACGGCCUGCUGAAAGUGAUGCCUAUCGACUGGACGCUUGUCAUGGAGCAACAUUGCACGCUUCAGACAAUCAGGGAGGCCAUGGCUGCUCUCGUCGACCUGGAUACACUCAGCGACGAGCUCACUAAUUUCAAGGCGGCUUCCGAUGCCCUGGCUGAAGUCACGGACGAAUCCUCACCAGUAAAGGACAUUUAUCCUAACAAGACGUCGCUGACAGUCAUAUCGGACAGCGUGCAGAACAUCGCCAAUGCCGUCUUUGGGCACAACGUGCAGGCCUUCGUGACGGCGAUCACGGAUAAGCUCAAUGAGAUCAGCGAACUACUCAAGCAUCCUACGCUGGCAGACGUGACUGACGCAGUAGCGGCCCUCCCGAAGCUGGACGACACCGUAUGCACGAGGUUCAAAGAAGUUGCUGGGGGGCAAGAGAGCGUGAGGCUGCACAAGCUAUGCAAGGAUGUUGAGGCGUUCAAGCCCCUGAAGGACUACUUCCUGACUAUUUCCAGCCGCAUCCCAGAUGAGCUGAUGACGCAGAUUUUGGAGCCAG